ACUAAGGGGUCAACCCAUGAUUAAAGUGAGUGGACCCACCAACAGGACAGACAGAGGGGAAUGCAGGAUUCCUGUCUUACCCUACAAAUCCAGGGCAGCACCACUACAGAGGUACAGAGAACAGGUUCUUCCACCUGGAGGGGUAGCAGAUGUUCUGAGCCAGGAGGAUGGCAGAGAAACAGUCCCACCACUUGGGAGGGAUCACACCCAUGAAGAAUGACUUCAAUUCCUGCAGCACCAAGUCCCUUCUCUGCAAGCCAGGAUCUCACUACAGUUAAAGAAUAUUGCCGGGGCAUUUCUGAAGUAAUUCAGGCUGAGCUUCUUCAGAGAAAAGAACAAGAGACAGGUGGAACUGGGGGGGAAGGAGCCCAGGAUGCUCGUGAAGCUUUUGCUGGUCUGUAGCACAGUGGGACUGGCGAAGCUGGUGGAACACGCAGACCAUCAUGGAGAUCAUCAUAGUUCCCUGCACAGCUUAAGGGUUCAUGAGACCUCUGCACACCCCCAGAGAACUCCUCUGCCACGUCACGAAGGUUACUGGGAGGCAGAAGGGCUCAGGGAGGAUACUCAAGAUUACCCUUCAAGUGUGAUCUCCUCACAUCAGGAAGAGAGAGGGGAUUUGGAAGCUGCGAGCUCACGGCCCCGAAAUGGGAACUGGUGUUCCUUCACGCAGUCCCGCCUGGUCACAUACAUAGAAGCCUGCAUGAAGGAGAAGUACAUUGUCAACUCCCAACAGCCCUGCCCAAACGGAGCCCCAGACUGCCAGAAGAUCAUGUACAGGACAGCUCUGAAGCCAGUCUACCAAGUGAAACAGAAGACUCUGAAGUCCUUGCAGUGGAAAUGCUGCCCUGGAUUUACUGGCAAGGACUGCGAACAGCGUGAUCCUAAUUUUAUUCUGGUGCCAGGAACUGAAACUGAAGGACAAGAAGAAGAGUUCUCAAACCACAUGUCAACAUCAGUGGAUUCAAGAGAAAUGUUCCAAGUCAUUCAGAAUCAUGAGGCUUUACUGGAUGAUCUUCAAAGUGAUAUUCAUCAAGCAGCCAGCACCUUAGGUGACUUACAGAGACUAUUUGAGAACAACGGUACAAGCAUGGUGUUAGCAGUGAACGAGAGCAAUUCAGAUCAUCAGGAAAGGCUUCUGCAGCAAGUUUUGUUUCCUCACGUGGAGAAUUUUCUAAGAAAACAUUUUAACCCAGUGUGGGCAAGCUUCAACAAAAGCUUACAGAACCUCUCCAACGUAGUAAGAAAUCUGUCCCAUGAUGUGGAAGCCAACAAGAAAAGCAUAGAAAGAUUCCAAGAAAGCACUGUGCCCAAGAAGGAAUUCCAGGAGUUGGGAACUAAAUUUGAAUCAAAAGUCCAAGAAAACAUAGUGAAAGUUGAUCAGGCGAAAAGAGAUAUAGAGAACAAAGUGCACAUGCAGCAGGCUAAUAUUCACUAUAAUCUCAGCAUGAUCAAGGCAGAUACUGACACAAGACUCAAGAAGCUUCAUAAGAUACAGCAGUCCCAUUUCUUAGCUUUGAACAACAGCAUAGCAAACAUGAAACAAGAGCAAAACCUUCUUGAAAAUAAAUUGGAAGCUUUGAAAAAAAAUUUAACAGAGCUCUCUUUACAUCAUGGUCCCAAAGAUGAAAACAGCCAGUUAACCAUCAAACAUAUGAAUGAAAUACUGUCAGGGCAUGCCAAGCAGCUUAAAGAACUUUACAUGGAGUCAGAUGUGGCCUUUCAGAAUAUUGCAGUUUUAGAGAGGUGGUUUAAGGAGUUAAAGAAAAACAUCUCAAAGUACAGGCCAGAAGAUCUUACAAUAACUUUAGCUGAGAAAUCAGUUAUUAUGGAAGAAAACGAUGCAGCAAUGGAAAGGCAGAUAUCAGAGCUCAACUACACUCUCUCAAACCUUCAGGAAAACUAUUCAGAUCUGCUGCGGUACAUGGAGGAAUGCAAUUGCCAGAGAGUAUCUACUGACACUGAUGUACUGGAGGAAGAUCCAAGGAAUAGCACUUAUUCCCUUGAGGACACCCAGUCAAAGGAUAUGAAGCACUUGGAGUCAGUUUUCAGAGAUUUCUUCAAGAGUGAAAUUGAAGAGCUCUCCUCAGCUAUUCCGUCCAUCCAUCUGUCUCUUAACCUCCGUCAAGAAGAGAACAGACAGCUUCAGUCACAGGUUACGGCUUUUUCAGAAGACAUGGGCUUGCUGAAGAGGAAAGAUGAAGAAAUUCAUCGGCACAUCAAGCAUCUCAACAGCUCUUUUAGCUCUCUUUUGAAAGACGCAAUGCGGCACGAAGAAGCACUGGAGGCUUUACUGAGACAUGAAUUUCUGGAUGUCUUUUUUGAAGAUGAUUUUAGUAGCCUAAUACCAUCAGUAUUUCAGCUGCAAGAAUCUCUCAGGCACUUUUCAGAUAAACUGCAAGAACAAAAUAUGACUUUAGAAUCUCUUAGAAGGAGAUUUCAUCCCUUGGAGAGAAGUCACCAGAAUAAUCAUGAUGCUCACUUGCCUCCUAAGCACCCCGAGGAGGAAACACAAACCUCCUCUACUCUACACGAAGUCAGCAGUCAACGCAGUGUCAUAGAACACAUGGAACCUAACUAUGAGGCUGCCAAAGAUGACUCCUUGGAGAGCACAGCAUAUAAUGAUAUCAUGACUCUGAAGAAUGAUAUCAAACAUCUGAGCCUGGCAAUCAAGAGGCAUGAAUCCAGAGGUGACCUAAGUCUCUGCUGCAAUCAUACAAUAGCAAAUGUAAUUGAGCCACUCAAUGUUUCUGUAGAAAUUCUCUCUGCAGACUUAGCAACCAUCAAGCGGAAUCUGGAGGAACAUCUGGUGACUUUCAAGAAACUAUUUGGAAGUAAUGAAGAAUUAGGUGCCUCAAAUAUAAGUCUGGAUGUUACAAAGAUUCAGUCAAUGCUGCAGAAAAAAGGGAGAAGGCAACAGAAAGGUCAAGACAAGCAAAGAGACAAGAAAAGGUCUGAGAACCACAGAGAAAAUACACAAACAAUAAGUGGAAGAAAUACAGUGCAGACAGAAUUUGUGGAAAAAGACUCAUUGGUGGCAUUCCACGUGGGAUUCUCAGAAAGAAAGGAUAAAGAAAAAACUGUGAGGUUUAAUGAAACAUACCUCAAUUAUGGAAACAGCUAUUUCUCUGAACAUGGCCACUUUAAAGCACCACACAAGGGUGUCUACCUGUUUGUCAUCUCUGCGGAGUUCAGCUCAGGACCAGCACUGGGACAACUCUCCUUCAGCCGUGGGUACAAAAGAACUCUCUCAAGCAGUCAGAGGAAAACCCCACAUGGAAACACCAUGACUACUUUUGCUAUAGCAGAAAUGGAGAAGGGGGAGACAGUGUGCUUUGAAUUGCUGCAAGGCUCUGUAGUGAAGCGAAGCCCGCCUGGGACAACUAUGGGUGGAUUCCUAAUAUCUAAAACUUGAAUAGUGACAUUUAUGUUUUAUUAAUCUCCUUCCAUAGGUGCAAUGGAUGCAUUCACUAUUGCUUCAUCUGUGAUGUAUUCAAUGCUACUGCAUGUGUUUAAACAUAGCACUACCCUAGGUUUGUCUUCAUGCUUCUUUUCUGGAAGUGUUUGGCUUUUGAUUAGUUGCUUAUGAGCAGCAAUGAUAUUUUCUUUCAAGUGAAAAGCUAAUGGUUUGGACUCCAGACGUAUCAGCACACACAUUCCCAAAUCCUUCCAAUGUGAGAACUGCACAUAAAUGUUUUGUGGGACUUCACUUAACACAAAUUUCUCCUUCCCCUUGACAAAAGAAUAUCCUCUCAUGACAAAUAUCCCCAGUUAGUGGCAAGGAAAAGAUUUUAGGUAGGACUGCACACUCUCAUGUUAUGUGGAUGGUACCUUAAAACCCAGAAGCCAGGGCAAUUUUACCUUUUAGUUCUCUGUGGACCACAGACUAUCUUGGCAACUUCUGCAACUCACUCCAAUGUUUCAGUCUGUGCACAACAUGAACACUAGAAGAAAUCCAUCAAACCCACUAAAAUUCACUCUAUUGCCAGUAUUUGCAAGCAAGGAUCUCCUAAAUGGUCCAGUCUUUGUUUCUUGGCCUGUGAUGUAUUUCAGCUACACUGCAAAAAUUUAAAGCAUUGUUAAGAUGAAUUACAUUUACAUUUAGACACUACGAAAAUAUCAACAAUAUUUUAGAAGUAUUGGUGAAAACACAGUUUAUUUCUAAAGUUAAUCCUAGAGAUUAUCACGAAUUCAGCCCAAAGUUCAGUAUUUAGUAAAUAUUUUAAAACCAAGCAAGCAAAACCAAAAUCAAAAGGCAAGCUCAUUGGCCUGUUUCACUGCUGAAUAUAAAUUUGUGAUGAGAGUAAAUCAAAGAGUAGAACUUCUGAAAUGUAGAGGGUUUUUUAUUUCCAAAACUUCGAAGUGACCAUGCCUGGUCAUGUCUUAAACUUUUCUUUUGUCAAAUAAAACUUCCCAAAGACUUUCACUUUAAAGAA